AUGAUGGGCGCGGUUCUCCAAACCGUCGGAUCCUUUCUGCUGUCUUCCGUCCCCACAACUCUCCAUGUCUGGGGAGGUCAGUAUKGGUACAUGGUUCUGACAGGGGUCGGGGUGGGAAUGUCAAUGACAUCGUUUUAUAUGGCCGUCCCCAUGAUUGUGAGGAAAGACGAUCAAGCCAUCGCCGUUUGUCUAUCCCUCCAGACUCGUAUGCUGGGGGCGUCACUCGGCAUCGCCAUUGUGAACAGUAUCUUGGUCAACUACGUCAAGGCACAUCUAAACCCUAUCGAAGCUGCAGCGGAUCCCAAUGCGCUUUCGGGGUUUGCUCCCGAUGCUGUACGACGGAUAAGGGAGGUUUAUGGAGCAGGGUAUAACCUGCAAAUGAUGGCUGUUGGGGCAUUCAGCGCAGGUCAGUUCUUAGUGGUGGCGCUGAUGUGGAGAAGGGACCAAGUUCAGUUUGUCAAAUAG